AUUUCGGAAAAAGAAACGACAGACAUGUUACUUCUUCGACGAUAACAAGUCUAUUUAGAACCACUAGUUGAGCUCUCAAGUGAAGAAGAAGAAAGCAUAACAAUGGCGUUGUUCUCCCCGCCAAUCUCUUCUUCUUCUCUUCAAAAUCCCAAUUUCAUCCCCAAAUUCUCAUUCUCUCUCCUCUCCACUAACCGCUUCUCUCUCCUCUCCGUCAGUCGAGCUUCCUCCGACAGUGGAUCAACCUCUCCCACCGCCGCCACCGCCGUGGAGGCUCCUGAGCCUGUGGAGGUGAUAGUGAAAGAGCCUCCGCAAUCAACACCGGCGGUUAAAAAGGAAGAAAUCACCGCCGCCAAAAAUGUCGCCGUCGAAGGUGAAGAGAUGAAAACGACGGAGACGGUUAUCAAAUUCCAGGAUGCGAGAUGGAUUAAUGGAACAUGGGAUUUGAAACAGUUCGAGAAAGAUGGAAAAACCGAUUGGGAUUCUGUAAUUGUUGCUGAGGCAAAGAGAAGAAAAUGGCUAGAAGAGAAUCCAGAAACAACGAGUAACGACGAACCAGUGCUUUUCGAUACGUCGAUUAUUCCAUGGUGGGCUUGGAUUAAGAGAUACCACUUACCUGAAGCUGAACUCUUAAAUGGUCGUGCUGCGAUGAUAGGAUUCUUUAUGGCUUACUUUGUCGAUAGUCUUACCGGAGUAGGACUUGUCGAUCAAAUGGGGAAUUUCUUCUGCAAGACACUCUUGUUUGUGGCUGUGGCUGGAGUUUUGUUCAUUCGUAAGAAUGAGGAUGUGGAUAAACUCAAGAACUUGUUUGAUGAGACUACAUUAUAUGAUAAGCAAUGGCAAGCAGCUUGGAAAAAUGAUGAUGAUGAGUCAUUGGGUUCUUCAAAGAAGUGAUAACAAAGAUUUUCUUGCUUU